CCACUGGUUCACUCCAGAGUCUUCAAUGAAUGUGAGUCAGCACGUGGAACGGAUUCCAAGUAGAGAGCAGCGUUUCGUAGUAGUUGUUGUGCUCUGUCCGUUCAAUCAUGUUUUACGUUUAGGACUUGCUUCCUACGUUCAGCAGAAAGUUUCUUCUAAGCCAUCACAAUCUAGAAGGAAGGACAUUUUCUGCUUGUUUUAUACUUGUGUGACUUGUAGCUGCCGGUUCAAAAGAUUGAGACUAAAACUAAACGCUAUCCGAUGAUAUUCAACUCAAAGCACACGGAGCUGUGCAAGUGUUGUAUGUUUCUAAACAACUGACUAAACUUAUAAGUGUACGAAAUGUCUUCUUCUAUUUGUGAAAAUGCGUUGCUUCUGCACAACUCUCGAUGCAUGUUCUAAGAAAAUCAUUCGGAUAUGGAAUUUCGAAAAAAAGCUUCUUCUUUUUGAACAACAUUCAUUUUUCCGCUGCGAUGAGACCAAGCACGCUGAACUUGCGUCAUCAGCAAAACCACGAUGUAUCCCGUUCUUUCUUAAGAGAGGCUUAUACUACAUGGAACGAGUGCUCCGAGAACAACAUUGUACCAGAGCAUAAAAUUAAAACGCUUUUUGGUGAGCUGAAACUUUUCCUUCACGAGGAUCAAGUACAUGACAUAAUACGAACUGCCAAGUUGAUCGACAAAGAUUGUUUAUCCAAACACAAAAACGGUAUAACAUUUGGAGAAUUCUCAGUGUUGUUAUCUGAUAUACGUAAGCUAAGAUAUACAUCUAUACUUAAUUGUCAUGACGCUUCUCAGACGGUUGAAAUCAGUCAAAUAGACUCAAGAACUUCUGAAACGCGGCCUAGUGCUGGCAUUUCUUCAGACGAACAUAACGAACCCAUAAGUGGCCCGGAAGUUUUUUUAGGAGGCUCGUGUAACCCCACCACUUGGCGGGCAGAUAUAGCAAUUCCGACGUUAAAUCUGCUUGGAAUAUCGUUUUACAAUCCACAAGUUUCUGAAUGGACUCCGGACCUACUAGAACUGGAGCACCGUGCAAAGGAAAAGGCACGAGUUCUUUUUUUCGUAAUGGAUUCACAAACAAGGUCAACCGCAGGUGCUAUAGAAGUGGCUCAUAUUGCCGGGAAAAAUUCCAAACGAUUGGUACUAGUCCUUCUUCCGUAUAAGCCCCAACAGAAAAUUUUAAACGAAACCUUAUUGGCCGACGAGUACAUGGACCUUUCUCGAAAUCAACUAUUAUUAAGACAAUUAAUGAAGCGUAGGGGUUUGCCAGUUCUCGACAAUAUUCCGUUAGCAUUAGAAUACAUAAAGAAUGUUCUCUCUGGGGGAGCCUGCCGAGAACAUCCACAAAAUGUUGCAACGAGAUUAAUAUCCGUACGUAGAACGUAUGAUAGAGUGGCAGAUAACUCUAAAAGUGUGAUCAAUUCAGUUCAAUGUCAGAAAGCGAUGGUUGCUCUUGGAUACCCACCCGGAAUCACGUCCACCUCUGUUAUAAAUCAAAUAUUGACAUAUUUCAGAGCUUUUGGCCAGCAAACCUAUCGUGAAAAGCGGUUCAAACCAUUGUCCACAUUAUUAACUGACAAAAAUAACGGCGCUGAAAUUAAGAGCGAAGAAAACUAUUUUAUUACAUUUGAUGAGUUCUGUGUCUUGGACUCAUAUUUAUCCGUCCUACAUCAAGAUAUUCUAGAGACAAGCUGUGUGUCACCAAUCAAAGGAACAAACUUACAACAACCAUUAAUCUACUUAACGGAUUCUUCUGAUUGGAGCCACAGAAUUGUACCUCCUUCACCAAACACAUGUAAAAUUUGGAAAACAAAUGAUGUGUGUCGAUCCCAGUUUGAAGCAUUGGAAAAUAGUAAACAACCAGAAUAUCCAUUCGAUAUGACUACAAACGCAUCCUCUUCAAAUUCUUUCAAAAAUACAACGCAUACUAAUUGCUCGGAUAAAAACAGUUUUACCAACAAUGCUGGUGAAUCAGCCAUAAGUAACAGUUCUCCGUUUAUGCGAGAAAACAGCUACUCUCAGUCUUUAAAUGUAGCAGAUUACAACACACUUGAAACAAGGGAUUUAUAUAUUGGUGGCAGUUGCAGUAAACUAACCAAAUGGCAACAAAAAUAUGUUGUACCAUACUUAAAAUCUCAAAAUAUCACAUUCUACUCAUCAACGUUAAGUGAAGGGCUCGAUAAAUCCCACCAGAAUGAUUCGGCACUGGUAAAUGAUGUAUAUACAGAAGAUGAAUUAAUGUUUAACCCUUCUGAGCUAGAUGCUAGUCGGAUACUAUUAUUUGUCAUCACAAAUGAAACAAGAUCACUUUGUGCAAUGACUAUGUCAGCACAUUAUAUUGGAAUGGGAUACAACAUUGUCAUGUGCGUACAAAUGAUGAACAACAGUUGCUCGAUUCGUGGUUCACAGCUGUCGGACUCGGCCGUGAAAGAUUACAACCGGGGUCGAGCAUACCUUGUUGAUCUUGCCAAAAGGCAUGGUAUUCCUGUUUUCGAGGAAAUUGAUGCUGCUGUCAAAUGUGCUGUAGAGAAACUAACGUUAUAGGAAAAAAAGAAAAACUAAAUUUCAUAUUUUUAGCAAGUUAUGGAACAUCGUUUGCUAAGCUUGGAAAUAAAAUCAGUGUCUUGAGUUUUUUUUAUAAAAUGUUUUCUUUAUUUUAAAUUAUAUAUUGAGCAUGAAGUCACAAGUCGAAAAAAGGUCAAGAUUAUUCAGUAGUGUAAUAAAAUGAUAAAAGAGUCACAAUAAAUUAUUUUUUGUUCAGCCGUCUCUUUAUACCACAAAGUGAAAUAAAUUAUAAAUUUCAUAUUUUGAGCAAGUUACGGAACAUCGUUUGCUAAGCUUGGAAAUAAAAUCAAUGUUUUGAGAUUUUUUUAUAAAA